AUGACAAAGCCGCAGAGCAUAUCGCUGCUUUAUCAAAAAUGGCAAGGCAAGCUUGUCUUCAAUAAUCGCAAUGGUCGGAUACUGUGGAACAUGAAAGUAUACCGCUUACUAGUUCUGGUGACAACCUGGCUUGGCUUCGAAUCUAUCCACGGGGUAAUCAAAGCAAAGGACGUGGAACCAUCAACACAGAAGGCAUAUCGCAAGGCCCUGGCCUAUACGUGGAUCAAGGCAGCUUCAAAGAAAGAUGAACUCAUCAACUUGCCUAAAAAGGAUGACUAUUUCGGCCAGCUUGUAUGCUUGUUAGAGGAAUCGCCGAGAUUGCAGGUCCUUAUGCCCCUUCUCACCGACAUAGUCCUGCGAGCAGAAGAGAAAGUCGUUAUUUGGUGUUUGUUCCCAGCAGAGCAAGUGCUAGUACUUCCCGUGCCCCAGCUUGUGGGGAUUAGUGCAGAUCCGUCUGUAUCUGAGCGAGAACACCUAGUACAGGCCUUUACUACCGACCCUGAAAGGGUAAUGGUUCUCGUCUGUAGUUAUAAUGUGAGCUCCACGGGCUUGAACUUGCAGAAGUUAUGCAGAAAUGUGGUAAUCUUCAGCCCACCAACCUCAAAGGCAUCUCAAGACCAAGCUAUUGGAAGAGUCAAAAGACUCGGUCAGACCCAUGUCGUGCACGUUUACGAAAUCCGGGUUCGCGAUUCUUUCAACAUACGACAGGUGAUUUCAAACAUUACUAAGGCAGUACCUGCCUUAGUAGCAGAUUUGAAUAGCCGAGCCUUCCAUAUAGAGGAAGCAGACAUGGGAGGAACGAUUGACCUUGGAGAAUGGGGGAAAUUACCUAAUGGGCGCCUCGUGAAGCGAGGAGGACAAGAAGAAAAUGAUAUACCUGACGACAUGUGGCUCCAGGGCGACUAUGUGGUCACAGAGAUACUGAGGACUAUGCAAGGGGAGUUGAUCCCUGUAGAUGCCUAG